CCGGACGGGGUCGAGAAGCUCUGCGCUGACAUGGGCGUCGACCCGAGCGAUGUGACGCUGCUGGUCCUCGCGUGGGCGAUGGGCGCGAGCAAAAUGGGCUACCUGACGCACCAGGAGUGGGAAACGGGCGCCGGGCGGCUCGGCGGCGCCUCCUCUGCCGCGGAGCUGCAGAAAGAGCUGCAGGCGCUCUUCCAGGCGCUCCUCGGCGACAUCGAGCGCUUCCGCGACCUGCACUCCUUCACGCACCGCUUCUGCCGCGAGGAUCCGCGGCGGAAGAACAUCGACGUGAACUCCGCCGUCGUCAUGCUCGGCCUGCUCUUCAAGCCGACCUGGCCCGCGCACGCGUCCUCCCUGUGUGAGUACUUCUCGGGCCACAAACAGCUGGCGCAGCGAGGCGUCUCGCACGACGAGUGGAUGAUGGCGCUGCAAUUUUGCCGCGAGAUUCUCCCCGACUGCUCUAACUUUCAGGAUGAUGGCGCGUGGCCGGUGCUGCUAGACGACUACGUCGAGUGGAGGCGCGCCAAGGACGGCAACGCGUGACUCAGGGGCCGAGAGCCAUCGGCUGCACCAGCGCAGGCGCCUGCUCCGAAUUACACCUGUCGUGUCCGCAAGUCUCCGCUUGGGCUUCGGCAGAGAGCAGGGUGGCCGUUGCUGGUCCGGCGGCACUGCUGCUGCGACUGUCGUGCUAGCUGCUAUACCAGAAGAGAGAAUGGGCCCAGAGAAGAGUGAGAAGACAGUAGAAGGAGAUGAAGCACACACACAAGGCACAAAACACGUGCUCCGCGCGUCUCCGUGCGCGCGUUGUGGUCGAGACAAUAAAAUGGGUUAAAAACA